AUGAGUGUGGAUCUCUCGAAACGAACCCUCGUGAUAUUCUACCGUACUCUCGACAGAUCAUCUCUGUUCCACCGUAAUCUGGUCGUAAUCACCAAAAUUCCAUGUUUCCAGUAUCACUACUGUAUGCUCUACAUGGCUCUGCCUUCACGCAUUAUUAUCAUACUUUAUGCACUGAGAUUCAUUGGUGUUUCAACAGAAAAUCCUCAGUCAGAACUAUUGUACAUGAUGGCAUGUUCUGUGAAUUUAUUUUGUAAAAUCCUGCCUUCUUUCGCACUUUUGUCGACGCUUAUGGAGCGGUUCAUCGCUUCUCACUAUAUCAGCGAUUAUGAGACCAAAUCUCGUCCUUGGAUUGCCGCCACUGCCAUCGUCGGUUCAUGGACAACAGCUUCUCUUGGUACAACGGUAAUGAUCUUUGGUAAGGAAAAGUUCGAGUAA